AUGUAUACCCAAUCACCUUUUACACCUGCUCAGAUUGAAGAGAAGCUUCAACAGGCUAUAGUUGCACUUCAAUUAAAAGAAUUUAAAUCAAUUAGAAAGGCUGCAGAGCAUUUUGAAGUCCCUAAGUCCACUCUAGCCGAUAGGCUGGCUGGGAAGAAAACACGUUCCCAAACCCACGAAAUGGCUCAAAUUCUUUCAAACGCAGAAGAAAAUACUCUUGUACGAUGGAUUUCACGACUCACGAUCACUGGAUUCCCUGCUACACCUAUAUUGGUGAAGGAAAUGGCCGACGAAAUUCGUCUUCGACGCGUUCAGGUCGCGUCAUCUCGAAUUCCUACCCCGACAGAAAUUCCACCUAUAGGCUACGAAUGGAUCUAUAGAUUCCAAAAACGACAUCCAGAACUUAAAACAUGCUAUUCACGUCAAUUAGAGUCUAAUCGGACUAAAGAGGCAACUCUAGAGAAUAUUCAGGCUUGGUUUGAUAUGUUUCGUACGCGUCUCAUUGAACGAAAGUAUGAAUUAGAUGAUAUGUAUAAUAUGGACGAAACCGGAUUUGGAGUUGGAAGUACUCAAAGUACGCGUAUUAUAGUCGAUUCUACUCAGAAAUCGAAUUGGAAAGUUACAGCUGGCAAGCAAGAAUGGAUAACUGCAUUUGAAUGUGUCAAUGCAGCUGGAAAGGCUCUAUCACCUAUAGUCAUUUUCAAGGCUCAGAAUACGAAUUCUGCAUGGAUUCCAAAAGAUACAUUUCAAAGCUGGCAGUUCUCUACUACUGGCUGGAGAGGAGCUGGUUUAGUACCUUUUGCCCCACGAAAAGUACUCGAUACAUUACCAUUUAACUCCUCCCAGCAACCUUCUACUCCACAAAUGAGAACCCCCAAUCAAGACCUAGACUUAUCUGUACUCAGAAGUUCUCCUCCAGAUGGGACAGAACUAAUGCAAGCAAAUCAGAUCUUUAAUACAGCUCUAGCAAGCAGUGGUUCUCCUGCAUCACCAACUCGUCGAUAUGCUAAGAGAAUGACUAGGCUUGUAGAAUCUCAAAAUGCUGAGAUAGCCUUACUUCGGAAACAGCUCGCUGAUGCUCAGGAAGUAAUUGAGACUCGAAAAAAGAGAACUAAAGGCAAAAGAGUCAAAUUACAAGUACAUGAGGCGGAGGAAAAACCUAAGGAGAAAAAGCCACGAGGACGACCACGCAAGCGCCCAAUUGAAGAAUCAGAAGAAGAGAUUGAAGAAGAAGAGCUAGAGAAUAGUUCAAAUGAUUCAGAAUUGGAAUUGGAGGAUUGUGUGGCUCGUAGAACAAGAUCGCGUGUAGAAUAA